AUGCGCCUGACCCAACGCUACUUCCGUGUCCCCGAGGGACACACAUUCGGUCAUGGCGACAAGAUGCAUCUGCCUGCCUUCAUCCGAGCACAUGGGAAGUCGGACCCCGACAAGCGGAAGAUGAAGGUGGAAGGGGUCGACAAAGAUGGGACCCCAUCCUCUCAUGAGUUCGUGCUCCAUGAGCGACCUCUGGCCGAUGAAGACCCAGACGGUGACGAGACAGCAUGUGACGCGACAGCAGGUGACGCGACAGCAUGCUACGAGCUGUCGACCAAGUUUGUGCGGGAGGUUGUCAAGCAGCUUGAGAAGCGCCUGACAGAUCUGUCUCACCUCGAUGGCUCGAAGCUCUUCUUGUUAUCAAAGUACCUUCACGACGAUGACAAGCGUGUCGCGGCAUUCAAGCGCUCGCUGAAGCAGCUCCAUGUGCUCUUCCGCGAGUUCCUGCCCGAGGCUCUCAUUUCUGUCCAGCAGCGUCGUCGCCGUAACCCGAGCAAGGCGUUUCUCCUCCUCUCGCUUGUUCUUGUUUCGUCUCUCCACGCGGCGUUGGCCUAUCGCUUCUCAGCGGGGCUCCGCGUGGACAAUCUGCGCGGGAUGAUGCGCAGAUGGGCGCAAGGCGGACGCUCGACCGGCCAGCAGCAGCAGCAGAGCGGCGGAAUGGGCGGUGGUGGAAUGGGCGGCGGCGGAAUAGGCGGCGGCGGAAUGGGUGGCGGCGGAAUGGGUGGCGGCGGAAUGGGCGGCGGCGGCAUGGGCGGCGGCGGAAUGGGUGGCGGCGGAAUGGGCGGAGGCGGCAUGGGUGGCGGCGGAAUGGGAGGCGGCGGAAUGGGCGGAGGAGGGAUGGGCGGCGGCGGAAUGGGCGGUGGCGGAAUGGGUGGCGGCGGAAUGGGCGGAGGCGGAAUGGGGGGCGGCAGCAUGGGAGGCGGCGGAAUGGGCGGAAGCGGCAUGGGUGGCGGCGGAAUGGGCGGCGGCGGAAUGGGCGGCGGAAGCAUGGGAGGCGGCGAAAUGGGCGGAGGCGGCAUGGAUGGCGGCGGAAUGGGCGGCGGUGGUGUGCCGAGUGGCGGCGGAAUGAGCGGAGGCAGAUUGGGCGGAGGGAGCAUUGGCGGCAGCGGAGUUGGAGGGGGAAUGGGCGGACCUGGUUCCUCUGCUCCCGGGUCGCAACCAGCCAUGGGUCCUGGGGGGAACAUGGGCGGAGGCAUGGGCGGCGGGGGAUGUUGGAAGUGUGGGGGACGGGAUUGCCCCCCACGCUAA